UUUCGGGAGGCUGACUUCCGCCAUCUUCCAAACCUUGGCUGUCGCGUAGAAUUGUGUGCGCGCGCGAGAGAGAGAUGGGGAACACGUUCUGCGUAUUUGGAGGGUGCAUCGAUCAGGCGAGCGUUGGCGUGGUGGAGCGGUGGGGGCGAUUCGAGCGGCUCGCCGAACCUGGGUUUCACUUCUUCAACCCUUUCGCCGGUCAGUGGCUCGCCGGAGUUCUCUCCACCAGGAUCAACUCUCUCGACGUCAAAAUCGAGACCAAAACCAAGGAUAAUGUGUUUGUGCAGUUGGUUUGCUCAAUCCAGUUUCGUGUAGUGAAAGCAAAUGCUGAUGAUGCGUUCUACGAGCUGCAAAACCCGAGAGAGCAGAUCCAGGCUUAUGUCUUUGAUGUGGUUAGAGCUUUGGUCCCAAGGAUGACACUGGAUGAGCUGUUCGAGCAGAAGGGUGAAGUCGCCAAGGCUGUUCUUGAGGAACUCGAGAAGGUGAUGGGAGCUUACGGGUACAGCAUUGAGCACAUUCUGAUGGUUGACAUUAUACCCGAUCCUUCCGUACGAAGGGCAAUGAACGAAAUCAAUGCAGCUCAAAGGCUGCAACUUGCGAGCGUUUACAAAGGAGAGGCAGAGAAGAUCCUGCAAGUGAAGAAAGCCGAAGCCGAAGCGGAAGCGAAGUAUCUGGGAGGGGUCGGGGUGGCGAGACAGAGGCAGGCAAUCACCGACGGGUUGAGGGAGAACAUAUUGAACUUCUCGCACAAAGUAGAAGGAACCUCGGCAAAGGAAGUGAUGGAUCUGAUAAUGAUCACUCAGUACUUUGAUACAAUCCGGGACUUGGGGAACUCUUCGAAGAACACCACUGUGUUUCUGCCGCACGGACCAGGUCACGUGAGGGAUAUCAGCGACCAGAUACGCAACGGCUUGAUGGAAGCGACCAGUUCCGGAGUCGGAGUUUAAACGAGUUCCCCUCCUCGCAACACGGAGCUCUAGAUCUUGUCCUGGUGUGUAUUUUCAUUUUUCCCCACCAGUUUUGUGCUGGUUUUUAAGGAAAUAAAAAACUUUCCAAAGUUCA